CUCCCAUACCCUUCUCUCACCACAACACGCGCUUUCAACAUGGCUUCCCAACCCAACGAGCAGCAAUGGAAUGCUGUCAAGGUCCGAAGCACUUUUAUUGACUAUUUCGUCAAGAAGAGGGGCCACACCUUUGNNACAUUCUUCGAGAUGUUGGGUAACUGGAGUUUUGGCGACUACUUCAAGAAGGAAGCUAUUGCUUGGUCAUGGGAACUCCUCACCAAGGAGUUCGGUCUUGAUCCUGCCAGAAUGUACGUCACCUACUUCGAGGGUGACAAGGCUGGCGGUCUGGAGCCCGAUCUCGAGGCCAAGGAGCUCUGGAAAUCAGUCGGUGUCCCCGAGGACCACAUCCUUCCUGGUAACAUGAAGGACAACUUCUGGGAGAUGGGUGACCAGGGCCCUUGUGGUCCUUGCAGUGAAAUCCACUACGACAGAAUUGGAGGCCGCAAUGCCGCACAUCUCGUCAACAUGGACGACCCUAACGUUCUGGAGAUCUGGAACAACGUUUUCAUCCAAUACAACCGCGAAUCCGACAAGUCACUGCGAUCCCUGCCUAACAAGCACGUCGACACUGGUAUGGGCUUCGAGCGUUUGGUGAGUAUCUUGCAAGAUAAGCCUUCCAACUACGACACCGAUGUUUUCACUCCUCUCUUCGACCGUAUCCAAGAAAUCACUGGUGUCCGCAACUACGAGGGCAAGUUUGGCAGCGAGGAUGCCGACGGUGUUGACACUGCCUACCGUGUUGUCGCUGAUCACGUAAGACUUCUUACCUUCGCCAUCACUGACGGUGGUAUCCCUAACAACAUGGGACGUGGUUAUGUCGUUCGCAGAGUUCUGCGCAGAGGUGCCCGUUAUGCUCGCAAGUACCUGAACACAGAUAUUGGUGACUUCUUCUCAAAGAUUGUCCCAACACUGGUCGCCCAGAUGGGUGAUAUGUUCCCCGAGAUCAAGAAGAAGGAGCAAGACGUCAAGGAGAUCCUCAACGAGGAAGAGCUCUCAUUCGCCAAGACUCUCGACCGUGGUGAGGCCAUGUUCGAGAAGUACGCUCAGCAGUGCAAGGACAACAACACCAAGUCACUUUCUGGUUCUGAUGUCUGGCGUCUGUACGAUACUUACGGUUUCCCCGUCGAUCUUACCCAGCUCAUGGCAGAGGAGCGUGGCCUCACUAUCAACGAGGAGGAAGUCAACGCUGCUCAGGCCAAGGCUAAGGAGGCUAGCAAGGGCGAGAAGAAGGCUGGCGCCGAUUUGGUCAAGCUUGACGUCCACGACUUGGGCAAGCUCGACACCAUGACCGAGGUUAGCAAGACCGACGAUGAGCCCAAGUUCGGUCGUGGCAACAUCAACGCUACUGUCAAGGCUAUCUACUACAACAAGCAAUUCCUGUCGAGCACCUCCGAGGUCCCCGAGGGCGAGCAGUUUGGUGUCAUUCUUGACAAGACCAACUUCUACGCCGAGCAGGGUGGUCAAGAGAACGACACUGGUAAGAUUCUGAUUGACGGUGAAGCCGAGUUGGAUGUUCAGAACGUUCAAAGCUAUGCCGGCUACGUUCUUCAUACCGGCUACAUGACUUAUGGUACUUUCAAGACUGGCGACUCCGUCAUUUGCGAGUACGACGAACUCCGCAGACACCCCAUCCGCAACAACCACACCGGUACUCACAUUCUCAACUUCGCUCUCCGCGCAGUUCUCGGCGAUGACAUCAACCAAAAGGGUUCGCUCGUCGCUCCUGAGAAGCUUCGUUUCGAUUUCAGCCACAAGGCUGCAUUGUCAGACAAGGAGCUGCAGGAAGUCGAGACCAAGAGCACAUCAUACAUUCGCCAGAACAGUCCUGUCUACUCAUUGGAAGUGCCCCUCGCUACUGCCAGAAACAUCAAGGGUGUUCGUGCCGUGUUCGGUGAGACCUACCCUGACCCCGUCCGUGUCGUCAGUGUUGGUGUGCCCGUUGAGCAGCUUCUUGAGGAUGUCCACAACCCCCAAUGGGAGAACGUCAGUGUCGAGUUCUGCGGUGGUACCCACGUUGACAAGACUGGUGAGAUCAAGGAGUUGAUCGUGCUUGAGGAGGGUGGUAUUGCAAAGGGUAUUCGCCGUAUCAUCGCCGUGACUGGACAGACUGCGCAUGAAGUGCAGAGAGUCGCCCAGGAGUUCUCGGAUGACCUCGCUCUGCUCGAGAAGAUGGAGUACAGCCCUCAGAAGGAGCAGAAGGCCAAGCAAUUGCAGGUUCAGCUCAAUCAGCUGACCAUUUCUGCUGUUACUAAGACUCAGCUCAAGGAGCGCUUCGCCAAGGUUGCCAAGCAAAAGGCAUUCCUCAAGGCCGAGAACAAGACCGUGACCGACACAAUCGCCAAGCACUUCACCGACAACCCAGAGUCGAAGCGCUUGGUUGUCCGCGUCCCCAUCUCCGCCAACUCCAAGGCCAUCAGCGAGGCCAUCAAGACCAUCAGCUCCAAGCAAAAGGACAAGACAAUCUACCUUAUCGCCGCCGAUGAGAAGGAUGGCAAGGUCGUCCACGGCUGCCACGUUUCCGCAGAGGCAAAGGAGAAGGGUGCCGAUGCACCUGCCUGGGCCAGCGAGAUUGCUGGCGUGCUCGGUGGAAAGGCUGGUGGUAAGGGUGCUACUUCGCUUGGACAGGGCACUCAGCCUGAGAACGCCGACCAGGCUGUCGAGCUCGCUACCAAGUACCUUGAGAAGCUCGGCUUGUAA